AUGUCCCGUUCCUCCUCUCCCAACGCCUCCUCUGCUGAGGACGUGCGAAUUCUGGGCUACGACCCCCUCCUCGCUCCCGCUCUUCUCCAGACUGAGGUUGCCUCCACCAAAAACGCCCGAGAGACCGUCUCCAAGGGCCGAAAGGACUCCAUUGAUGUCAUCACCGGCAAGUCCGACAAGUUGCUGUGCAUUGUCGGUCCCUGCUCCCUCCACGACCCCAAGGCCGCCAUGGAGUACGCCCAGCGACUCAAGGAGCUGUCUGACAAGCUGUCUGGUGAGCUCGUCAUCGUUAUGCGAGCCUACCUCGAGAAGCCCCGAACCACCGUUGGCUGGAAGGGUCUGAUCAACGACCCCGACAUGGACGAGUCUUUCAACAUCAACAAGGGUCUGCGACUCUCCCGAAAGGUCUUCUGCGACCUUACCGACUUGGGUCUGCCCAUUGCCUCCGAGAUGCUCGAUACCAUUUCUCCCCAGUUCCUGGCCGACCUGCUCUCCCUGGGUGCCAUUGGUGCUCGAACCACCGAGUCCCAGCUGCACCGAGAGCUCGCCUCCGGUCUGUCUUUCCCCGUUGGUUUCAAGAACGGAACCGACGGUACUCUGGGUGUUGCCGUUGAUGCUGUCCAGGCCGCCUCUCACCCUCACCACUUCAUGGGUGUCACCAAGCAGGGUGUUGCCGCCAUCACCACCACCAAGGGUAACGAGAACUGCUUCAUCAUUCUGCGAGGAGGUAAGAAGGGCACCAACUACGACGCCGAGUCCGUCGCCGAGUGCAAGAAGGCCACCGAGUCCAUGCUCAUGGUUGACUGCUCUCACGGCAACUCCAACAAGGACUACCGAAACCAGCCCAAGGUUUCCAAGGCCGUUGCUGAGCAGGUUGCUGCUGGCGAGAAGAAGAUCAUCGGUGUCAUGAUCGAGAGUAAUAUCCACGAGGGCAACCAGAAGGUCCCCAAGGAGGGCCCCUCUGCCCUUAAAUACGGUGUCUCCAUCACCGACGCCUGUGUCUCUUGGGAGACCACCGUGGACAUGCUCACCGAGCUGGCCAACGCCGUCAAGGAGCGACGAAACAAGAACUAA